UGUUUCCACACUGAAAGGUGCCGCAUCAUCACCGUCAUCCCUCCCAUCCGACCAUCCCACCAUCCCUCACCGAGCUAGUGGCUAGUUUAGCGUUAGCCUCCUGUCUGUUAGCACCCUCUCUCUCUCUCUCUCUCUCUCUCUCUCUCUCUCUCUCUGCAGUGGGAUUGCCACAACAUCAACGGCACCUCCCUCACUCUCCCUCUCUCGCUCUCUCUGCAUCCUCCACCGUCCGACACUCAAGAGAAGAAGAAGACAUGGACUAAAGGAGGAGUAGAAGAAGAAGAAGAGAGAUGUGUUUCCUCCAAUGAGUCUCGCCCACCCGGAUUAGGAACCUGAACCUCUCUAACCCUCUCUGACACCAUGAGCAUCGUAGCUCUCUCCCCCGCGGCCCCUGAAUCCCCCUCCCCGAUGAUCACCUCCGUCACCCCGACCCUGGACCCUGACACCUCCACCUCCCCGACAGCUGCUGCUGCAGAUGAUGAUGAUGUCACCACCGCCCUCUUCAGCCCCGACCUGGAGCACCAGACCCACGACGGGGCCUCAUCGCCUGGACCGGGCCCCAGCCGAGGCAUGGGGCGAGACCCCUCCAGGAGGUCAAAGAAACCUCCGCCCCUCCACACUGGAGCCGACUGGAAGGUGGUCCUCCACCUCCCGGAGAUCGAGAAGUGGCUGAGAGCGACCAGCGACAGAGUCACACAGCUCUCACACUCUGUGGGACAGGACGGAGACAACAGACACGUGGACGUCCACCUGGUGCAGCUCAAGGACAUCUGUGAGGACAUCUCGGACCAUGUGGAGCAGAUUCACGCCCUGCUGGAGACCGAGUUCUCUCUGAAGCUUCUGUCCUACUCCGUCAACAUCAUUGUCGACAUCAGGACGGUGCAGCUGCUGUGGCACCAGCUCAGAGUCUCAGUUCUGGUCCUGAAGGAGCGUCUGCUGCAGGGCCUGCAGGACUCCAACGGGAACUUCACCCGACAGACCGACAUCCUGCAGGCCUUCAGCCAGGACCAGCAGCAGACUCGUCUGGACGCUCUGACCGAGGUGGACGACUGCGGUCAGCUGACCAUCCGCUGCAGUCAGGACUACUUCUCUUUAGACUGCGGCAUCACCGCCUUCGAGCUGAGCGACUACAGCCCGGGAGACGAGCCCGACGCCCCCGAAGCCGAAGACCCCUCUCAGGAUCAAACCAAAGACAACGAUCCUGAAGCGGGGCCGGAGGAGAGUGAGGGAUCCUCAAACCAGGAAAACAAAAACACUUUACCUGAUCUCACCCUGCCCGCUGACUCAAACAACCGCAACCUUGCUCCAGAAAUAUUACCCACAAUGCAAUGCAGCAUGCCCAAUCCCAGUGAGAGUGCAAAGCGCCCCCUGCAGGGUGGGAGCCGCAGCACUGAGGUGUCGCCCACACAGCCGUCUCUUCCAAAGAGGGCCGCUCUCUUCUCGGCCGGAGGACGCAUGGAAGAGGACCAGAGGAGUCCGGGCUCAGGGCUGCAGGUCCAGGCCGAGCUGAGUCGGAGCUCCCCCUCUCUCAUGGACCCUCCGGACAGGUCCAAGUUCUGGUUGGAGCUGGACUCGGUCUACCCGGAAAAUGUUUCACAGUCCUACGAGAGUCUGCAGGUCAUGGGCGGACGUCACCUCCACAGAAAGCAUGCCGGCUCCAAACAGGGAGGAUGCCCACAGGGGAGAGCGCACAGACCGCUGGCCGACCUGAGGAGCUCAUCCCGGGCCAGGCCGACCUCCAUCGCCCCCCCGCCUCUCCAAGAGCCGGCGUCUGGGGAUGAAAUAUCAACACAAAUGGAGAGGACGCAGAAGGAGACACACACGCACAGUGAGGGGGACUCUGACUCCUCGUUACCCUCCCCCAUGAGGGAGCACUUCCUCUCCACAGACAUGGAGGCGUCCGGAGAGGAGUCGGACCCCCGGCCGUGUCCCCGCAAGACGGCGGUCUGGAUCGUGAAGCGCCAGGGGCAGAAGGCGGGCCAGGUGUCAUCUAAAGACAGCCCAGACAGAGAGCACUGGUACGGGUCAGAAGAGUUCCUGGCGCUCCCCGCUCAGCUCAGGAAAACGGAGAUGCUCGCUAUGAAACUGGAAAGUCUGACUCAGUCCAUCCCGCUGAGGCCUGUUAGCUGUGACUCUACCCAGGAGGCUUUGCAGGAUGUGGAUGACUGGGAUCUGACGGAGCUCAACCAAGACUGGGAUGUAGGGGAGAGCGAGGACAACAGGAACAACGGAGGGGAGAGCGGGGACAGCAUUCCCCUUCAUCUUCCACCUCUGCUUCCGUACAGACGUAACCUGGUCAGCCGCUUUAGCCCCACCUCCUCCAGCGAUAUCGCUCCCUCAUUGGAUGAAAGCAUCGAGUCCGGUCCGUUAAGUGACCUGCAGUCUGAAGAGGAGGAGGGACGAAGGUCUGCAGACGGCUGCCCGCAGCUGACAGCGCCCCCGGUGGACGUGCGUGGAGGAGUGUCCCUGGUGCACCAGCUGCUGGUGGACAUUCAGCGCCAGGACAGAGACCCUGGUGUCUGGAGGAAGAUCGAGUGCUUCGUGCAGCAGUUGGACGGGUUCAUCUCGUGGCUGCAGGAAGCGUUGGACAGCACAGAGAACUGGACGCAGCCCAGACAGGAGCUGGACAGCCUGAGGGUGUACCUGGACACACACCUGAGUUUCAAGCUGAACGUGGACAGUCACAGCGCUCUGAAGGAGAGUAUCAUGGAGGAAGGCAGAGCGCUGCUCGCUGUCAUCACCUCCCACCAAUCAGGUCUGAAGGAAAUCCUCCAUAUGGUGUCCAGCCAAUGGGAUCAGCUCCAGCGGCAGAUACGGCGCCAACAUGGCUGGAUGCUCCGCGCCCUCCGCUGCGUCCAGGCCCGCCUCCUUUACACCAGCCAUUCCUACGAGCCCUUCCACGCCUUUGGAGACCCGUCGGCCAAUCGGCAGGCUCCGUGCCCAGCUGACGCCCUCCAGGCUGAGCUGAUGUCCAGUCAGUGUGAAGCCCAGCGCGCUGCCCUGGAGCAGAUGGCCAUCAAACUGAGCAACUUGCAGUACCCGUCACCGGCCAGCAGGAGGAACUACAGCCAGCUGGCCAGGAACAACAGUCUGCAGGAGUUCGAGGCUGAGUACCAGGAGCUCUGGGAUUGGCUGAUGGACAUGGACGCCAUGGUAAUGGACAGUCACCAGCUGAUGAUGUCAGAGGAGCAGAGGCAUCACCUCUUCAAGAGCAGCCACACUGAGCUGACCAUGAUGGAGGGAAAGAAGACCAGCCUGCUGGGCCGAGCCGAGUCCCUGAAGAGGAGCGGGACCGAGCUACCGGGAGACUUCCAUGGCAAGAUACACAACCUGACACACACAUGGAGACAGCUGGAGAAAAUCCUCUCAGAGCACUCAAGACCAGGUCCUUCUGAGCGCUCCCAGUCGACCAACGUGAACUCUCUGCUGGUCGGCGGUCGAGGCGCGGCCAUGGAAAACCCUCGCUCGGCCCUCUCCCCGCUGACCAACUCGCUCCUGGAGCAGCUGGAGGCUCGCAUCAAGGAGCUGAAGGCGUGGCUGCGAGACACCGAGCUGCUCAUCUUCAACUCCUGCCUCAGACAGGACAAGGAGGCCGCCGAGCAGCUCCAGAGCUUCAAGUCUCUGUGCUCGGAGGUGCAAACCCGGCGUCGAGGAGUCUCCUCUGUUCUGAAACUCUGUCAGAAGCUGCUGCAGCAGAGCCAGUCGGGCCCCAUGGCGGAGGUGGGCCCAGAGGCGGAGCAGCACCGGGAGGCCCUGCAGCUGCUGUCGAUCAACCUGGAGAGGAGGUGGGAGGCGAUCGUGAUGCAGGCGCUGCAGUGGCAGAACAGACUGAAGAGGGAGCUGGGAGAGCAGCAGGUUCAUGGGAACUUUCUGGAACCGGGUCUCGUCGAUCUCCGUCAGAUCAGCCCAGUUCCAGUGGGUCCAGUGGCGCCUGCGCUGGAGGACUCCUGGGAAUGGGACGACACCGAUAUGACAAUCACAGAAUCAGAGGCACACGGAGAGGAAGAACCCGACCUGACGCAGAACCUCCCCACAGAAGAACAUCUGCCUUCAAACAGCAGGAUGUCCAGCAGGAUUCAGCCGGACAGGGUCCAGUAUCCUGAGACGACGUCCAGUACAAGAGGUGGAUUUUCAGCAGAGGUCCAGCCCAAUGUGACGUCACAAACUCUUCCUCCUAACAAUAAUAACAUCUACCAGGUGUACAGCCUCCAUAAUGUGGAAUUAUACACACAGCCGCUGUUUCCGCACAGUUCCUCUUCACUCUACAAAACCAAAUCAGGAAAACGGAAACAGCAUCUCCUGCUGAAGAGUCUGAGUAAGGACUCCUCUUUCUCCUCCAUCGAGUCCCUCCCAGACCUCCUGGGAGGUUUAAUGUCAGAUACUCAAGGAGGGGACAGAAUCAGAUACCGGGACGGGGAGAAUGAGCGAGAGGGGGGCAGAGGAAGGGGUCAGUCAGUGAGCAGUCGAAGGUCAGAGAGCGAGAGCGGGAUUGUUAGUGACACAGGAGAUGUUGAGACAACAUCAACUAACUCUGAAAUCCAGGGCGAGGAGGAGGAUCAGGAAGAGGAGGAAAAGGAGCAGAGAAAGAAAAAGACUGUUGGUGAGAAUGAUUUGGGUUUGCACAAACACAGUGUUCCCGGGUACAGCCAGAGAACCAAGACGAGGUAUUACAUGAAGGAGAAAGAAUGGAAGAAGGAUGAAUUGAAAGGUGAAAGCAGGAGAAACAGAGAUGAGGAGAAAAGGAGGAGGCCCAAGAGGGGCGGAGGGGAGGCAGUAGAGAUCCUAAUCAAUGGGCGUGUAAUCCUGACUCCCGCUGACUCUGACUCUGAUUUUGAAGUAGGAGGACUGGAAGUAGACCCCUCAAAGACCUCUAUGUCUCACAGUCAAAUCACAGAAUUCAACUUUGACAAGUUUAACCGUUUGGACUCUCCUCCUGCUCUUAGCCAGCGGGCUUCCAGUCCAGUAUUGUCUCAGGGAUCCUCUCUUGAGUCCCUUCUAGCGCUGGGCGUUGAGUUAUUUCCCUCUAAAGAUCCAUUGCAUCGUAGCGCAUCUCUGGAGAGCUGCCUGGCCCUGUGUCGUAGCAAUGAAGGGGAGUCUGGAGGCAGCCUGGCAAGCCUCGCGGAGCUGGACCUGUUACAGAGCAGAGACGUGGAUCAAGGUGAACCAGAAAGGGAGAGAAACAAUGAAAGUCCACAAGGAGAAACCUCCUCUGGAGAGCUGAGCCGGAGAACUCUGGACCUCCUGAAACGCCUGGAGAACAUUCAGAGUCCACUUGCCACCAAGAUGACACGCAGUGUUUCUGACAUGACGCUCCGAUGCAGCUCCCCACAGCGGAGCAGACUCCCCGCCUCGCCGUCUCUCGGUGGUCAGCACGCCCCCCUUUCUGGAAUAUCCGGUUGCUCGCGGAAAGGACCACCAUCCCUGAUCAACGAGAGUUCAGCAACGGCAUCUCUGACGGAGCUGAGUAGCACCGAGGACUCGUCUGUGGGCUCUGAAGAUUUCGCUUUACUUGGAAAUCAACGUAACCCCUUCCUAGCUCCCGCCGCGAUGGCCAAUGCAAACUCAAAGUCUCCCCGGAAACACGGCCAAGGAAACAGCCAUGGGGGGCAUGGGAUGGAUGAAGCAGAUGCAGCGAGUUUGAGCCUGGUGGUGAACGUGUCUUGCACCUCAGCAUGCACAGACGAAGACGAGGACGACUGUGACCUCCUGUCCUCAUCCACACUGACGCUCACUGAGGAGGAACUGGGUGUCAGGGACGGAGAGGACGAAGAGGAGGACAGGUUGAGCUGUGCCUCCUCUGGGGACGAGGACGUGGAUGAUGAAGAGGAGAUGGAGGGGUCUUACAUUCUGGGGCUCGAGUAUAUGAAGAGAGAGCUUCAGAGUUGGAUGAGAUCUCCUAAAAACUCCCCUUCCUCCUUCUCUAAGACGGAGGCAGGGCUGUGGGAUGAGCUGCAGUGUGGAACUAACCCUUCUUCCUCCUUCACGUCCACCUCUCAGAACAACGAGCCGCACAGUUUUCAAAGUCGCUCGGUCUCAAAGUCAGUAGAAAACAACAGCAGCUCAAGCGGCAACAAAAAAGCAAACAGAGUGAAGAUAGAAAAGGAAGAAGAAGAAAAUCGGAGAAACGCAACAAGAAGCUACAUCAGCCAGUUUGUGGACGACGUAGAAAACGGAAAUGUGGACCAGAGCUGUUUGAAAGGGAAAGACGAGGACGAUGAGCUCCUCCGAGAAGAGUCGAGUGUGUUCACAAAGAAAGGAGAGUUUCUGAGAGAGUCGUACCUGUCCGCUAAAACGGGAGAGUCAGUCCAGGAUGUCAAUGAGUUGAUCGCAAACAUCGACUCAAAUUUAACACAGCAGCUUCCUCCGUCGCCAUCCAUCGAGCUCCUCCCCUUCCAAUCCAAACGGACUUCCUGUUUAGUGGGACAGCUGAGAGGGGAGCUGCCCUGCCACAGCUCCUCUGUCCCCUCGCCCCCCUCCCUCUCCCCCCUGGAGGACUGCAGACCCCACGAUGACUUGCACUGCAGCAGGCAGGCGGCUGCUGGACGGAAGGCCAUCACCAUCCAGGAAAAAUUCAAGUUCUCGUCUUUAGUUACGGAGCAGACGAGGCAGGGGGUCAGAGACAAAAAAUCGUCCCUGCCUCCUAAAAAACGACACAGCGCUCACUCCUCCUGCUGCAACCAACCCCCCUCCCCCUCCAACAUCAGACCGCGCAGUGCAGAGGAGGGCAAGACGGAGAACGUGCAUGACUUUGUGAGGGACAUAAUCGACAUGACCUCACUGGCGCUGAAGAGCAAAGGGAAUCAGAAUGAAGACCAGAACCAUGACCAAACCAGCGGGUCCAUCCCAGACCAAGCUCCUGCGUCACUAGCACAGAUCAGAGACAAGGUCAUCGAGCACUCCCACCGGCCCCUCCACCUGCGGAAAGGAGACUUCUACUCCUACCUGUCUCUCUCCUCCCAUGACAGCGACUGUGGCGAGGUCAGUCAGUGCUCCGAGGACAAAAGCUCCUCGCCGCUGCCUUACAGCAUCCCCACUUACAUCAGCCCGACUCAAGGCCUCCACAGCCCGAGCCCCGAGCUGUUUACGAGCACCAACCAGCACGUAACAGCCCCGUCCUCCAAACACUCCCUCCUCUCCAACAACAACUUCUGUGCGCUUGAUUUGAAGUCUUCCGAGUGCCAAACUAACACGGCUGCUAACGGUAGCCACACUCAAGAGUCCACUAGCCCCAAUCCGUCCCUGCCCACCAGCCCUGACAUCCGGGAUGAGGAGAUGCUGUUUGCAGCGUGUACGGAGGAGGUUUACCUGGGUCCUCCUCUCUGCUACAGCAUGGUGCUCACCAAGCAACCACGACAGACCCCUGGCUAUGAACUCAACGGCCUAGCUUACUUGCCUUGUUCACAAUCAAAUGAUAGACUUCAAAAUGAAUCUCAAGAGGACACUAGUAUCAGACCAGGUGAUAGUCUGAGCUAUCUGUCUCCCUCAAAGGACUCUGUGAUGGAUAGAAACCAGGAUCACCUGUAUUUCCAGGCAUCCAGCCGCACAGAGAAAGAACAGAGCUCCUUCUCGCCUAUCUUUGAGCCUUCUUUCAGCUCAUUCUCCUCCUCCCCGCCCUCAAACGGCGUCCGCGCCUCCCUCCAGAGGCCUGGCUGCAAACCAGAAGAUGACGUCCCUCCCUCUCCUCCUCUCCUGUCCUCUGGCGCUCAGGAAGAGAAGCGAGGUGAGGACCCGUACCUCCUCUGUGAUGUCGCUGGAGGAGAAGUCGCGGCCGCUGUGAGUGUCAGCGCGCCGCAGGAGGAGAGGAGUCGUAAUGAGGGGCCUCCUUAUCUUAAUCCCCGGGCGCGUGUCGCCCCGAUAGACUCCUCCGCAGCUGAAUGUUUGGCAGAUACUAAAACGCUUGAAUCCAAUAUGGGCGCCGUAAUGACCAAGAUAAGUGUCUGCAGCUCUGCUACAAAUCCCUCAAAAGAGUCAGCCGCCACCGCCACGCGUAUUAAUCCCAAAAUUAACUGCUCGGCGAUGAGAGAGGCAGAUAGGGAGGAGGGGGAGAGGAGAGGAGAGGGGGAUGCUCAGAGGGUGAAGCAGGAGGAGAAAGGGAGGAGACGACGGAGCGGCUCGCAGCAGGAAGCAAAGACAGCGGUGCCGAAGCAGGUGAGCUCUCAGUCAGCCGUCCACAAUGCCACCAGGACAUCAGCGGGGCGGAGCCAAGCCUCAGCGAGACCGCCCACCACGAGGGCAGGGACUGUCAGAAGACUACCUGUGCUGGGAGCAGGAACCUCCAGGAUCCAUCUGUAAGGGAGCCGUGUCCAUCUCCUCCCCGCUGAGCUGAUCUCUUACCUCAGCUUCAUUUUUCAACGUACCUCCCUCCUCCCCAUCUCUGCUCCUUCCGUUCCUCUGAUCUCCUAAAUCUCACUGCUGAACAGAUUGUCGAGACACUGGACUGAAAUCUUCUCCAGCAGCUGCAGGGUUACCUCACAAACGAGUUCAGUGUUUUUGGUCGGAUCUUUUGUCUUCACGUUCAUAAUGAUUUCAGGGUUGAAGUCGAGUCUAGUGAGCUUCUGAGUCGUAAGGAUGCAGGGGUGGGAUGAGAAAAAAUUUCAGCUACUCUAUGACCCCGAAGGACUUGUGACAAAAUACAGUCUCCACUUAGUGAGGAAGAAGAUUUAUGAGGAAAAAAGAAGCAAAUGUAGGAACAUCACAUCCAACAAUGGGAUUUUGAAUUAACUAAAAAGUUUCAGGCUGGAUGUAGGGGUUAAUACCCAGGGGGGGUUUAAGCUUAAAAUCUUGAUUUUCUUCAAUUAAAUGAAUGAAUCAGUCAUAAAAAUGUGGAAGGAAUGAAUCAGACAGGUACAAAAUAUUGAGGUGAAAAUAAUGUGUUUUCCAUCUGCAAAAGGCAAGGCAACCCUAAACUAUGUUUUUCAUUCAUACAUUUUCUUUGUAUGAUUUUUAAAGCAUGUAUCGCCGUGUCAUGGUUUGGUUUUAAGGCGCGGAAGUUCUUCAAAACCACAUUAACUUUUUGGUGCCGAUGUCGUCAGCCAAACUCAUCCAACAGCGGUGUUAAACUGACCGGAGAUCAGCUGGAUUUAAAAAAAUAAGUAUGCUACUGUGGUGUAGCACAUGUAGCACAAUACGUCCACUUGGUCCGUGUCUGUUGAUGAUGUCAGUAGAUCACUGAUGUAGCUGUGCUAGAAGCUCUUCAUUCGUUAGCAUCAACACCAAACUGCAGCCGGUAACUUCACAAAGUUGUGUAAGUCGGAAGGUUAAGCAUGGCAUUGGACUCACACGACCACAGAGCCCAUAUGAUGUGUUUUUCCUAAAUUAAUGAUUAUUAUAGGGAAGGAAAGUGGGAUGUUUUUUUUACUUUGUAUAUUUAAAUACCCCCUUAUUGCGUUCGAAUAAUCAGUUUUUGGGGAUUUGGUUGCGAUCAAAAGUCUUUAAAGGACGUAAAAGCCAACACCUUUUAUUAAACUGUAUUAUUGAUGUGUUCUCAUGACCGAACAAAACAGAGAGGAUCUGAGCUCAGAAGGCGGGAAAUCAUGACCAACUUUUAUACACUGGUCGGCUUCGAUUCUUUCAGUAUCUCACUCACUUCCAGUUCCACUCUGGAAACCUCCACUCUCAACAAAGAACGUUUCCUGCAACUGAUCCGGUUUUGUGGUGAAUAAGGUUCACCUGACGGGGAUGUGUAGAAGCUGUGUGAAUUAAAGCUCACCAGGAGUAAAGAUUUAACGAAAGUUUUCUUCUUAGAGAAGAAGGAACCAACACAUUGUUCAAGUUCUGAUUGUCAGAUGUUUAAUGGAUCACUUUGAUGCAUUCUGUCAAAUUUGGAUUAUAAUGUUGAACCCCCUCGCAGUCCUUCAUGGUGGACUCUCUAAAUGGAUUGGGGUCGUACCACAAGCUGUUCCCCAUAUUUCUAAAGCCUUCAAAGUUGGGUCAACAGCUCCAAAAGAUCUACCAAAAAGUGAGAAAGAGGUGCAGCCUGGUUCAGACUCAAUAAAGUAAACUGAGAUAUUUUUUUCCCCGCUUUUCUAAAUGACAGAAAUUCUUUAAUCUAGUUGAGACGUUUGGUUUUAUUUUGACCAUUUUUGGUGGUAAGCGCACAAGUUUCCAACUCCUGUGGUCAAGGACUGUCUGAAUGUCCAGUCUUGUGUAGAGGCAGGAAGUGGUCAUAACCUAUGGACUAUCUAAUUAAGGGACGGGCAGGUUCAAGUUGUUCCCCACCUCUGCUGGCCCAUUUCAGAUAUCGUGCCGAGGUCAGAUCAACGAUUUUGCCCCAAUCUAAAGACUAUUAAAAAUGUACUCAAGGACUACCACUCUGGAUUGGUCAAGUCGGCAUCGUGGGUGUUUACCAAUUUGGUGGCAAAGUGACUUCUCGAAUGUACCCUUUUGAUAAAGAGAGGAAGUAGUGAUUACGCUCAUUGAAGACCAUCUCAAAUGGAGGAAAAGGCAGCGGUCGAGCACUCUUAGUAAGAACUGUUGAGAACUAUUCUUUUGUCAAGUGCAACUUCUGGUGGUACACUCCCAAGUUUCCAAUCUUCCAGGUUGAAGAAGACUAAUUUAAUGAACCCUUAGUUUUAUCUCAAGGAGAAGACGAGGUAAAGAUGCAAUCAUUGAAGCCAUUGUGGACCCGACGUUGUUCUGGGCAGGACAGGGUCAAGCACUCUUUGUCUGUCCAGUUUGGAUUGAACACUGUGAUGGAACAAAUCUACAUUUUCAAACUUUAAGACCCUGAGUUUAACAAUUACUACAUGGGUAUAAGAUUAUGUCAGAGGGAAGAAGUAGUGAUUCUAAGUUAUAACUGGAGGCAGACAGCGAUGGUUAUGCCGUCAGGAAUCCUCUGUUGACCACCUCAUGGGAAGGGGAAUACAGUCAAGCACUCUAACCCAGAACUUCCACCAGAUACAAGUGCAUUGUGUCCGCUCCGGUCCGUUACGGCUCCGUGCACCCUCCGUCAACACCCACGGGCUGCGUUCUCAGUGAGCAGCUGGAGACAAGAUAAAGGAGUUCCCGCUGUAAUUUAACAGAUUCACUCACGACAGUGCGAGAUAAUAAGAUGUAUGUGGUAUAAAACCAUUUAAAACAAACACACAUAAGGUCAUUGUUCUGAACCGUCAGAACAGAGUGUUUUAUUCUGAAAGUAAACCGGAUGUUUUAAUGUUAUUUCUGUGUCUGACUUUCUGUCCCGCUCGAUCUGCUCUGUGGUAAAUUGAUGUGCUGCUCUCCGGCAUCCUGCAGAGAUAGAAGCCUCGGACCGAACACGCAUCUGGUGGAAUUUAGGGGUUAGUCACCACAGUUGAUAUAUAUUCCUUUGUUAGGUCAACUUCUUGGUGGUACCCUCGACAGUUUCCAACUUGUUUGUUAAAGAGGAUUACCCAAAUUCAUCUAGAAAGCUUGACGUGGUGAAAGUGCAAGGGUUUGAAUGGCUUGUUUAUCCUUCAAGCCUAUGGCCAUUCAUGCUGUGUCAUCUCCUGAAGACGGGGCACAAACAUCAUUUUGAGGCCCUGGUUGACUCCGAAACUGAUAAACUUGGAGGUUUGUUGAUCGAUUACGGGAUAUACUUGCUGCUAUGGAAGCCACUGAGCUCCAAAUUGAUUUAAAUAUUCUCAGCCAUCAGGGCUAAUCUAGGUCUACCGGAUUACCUUCUGGACUAAAACCUUACCACACUAUUAAAGCAUUCCCCUCUGUGCUGUCAGCAGUAUCUGCAAAGGGUUGAAUCAGGUGUCCAAAACUACAAGAUUCUAAAAUGACAACAUGAUAUUUUAUCUAUGCAACACAACCAAAGUUGGCAAAAGCUAAAGUGGUGUUGUUGUGUAGACCUUGAAGUUUGAUGACUGUUGACGGGGACGUGUGUUGUUAUUGAUUCUGAUGUAUGUCUGCACACCACGACUGUACCACGUAAUGUUUCUUUUUUUAUUUCCUAGACGACUCCUGACAGGAGGAUUAGCAGCGACGCUGGGUUUGGGUCUGGUGUUGAGACAGGUGUGUGGGUGUGUGUAGGACUAAAUAGGGUUUGAGAUCUCUAAAAUAUAAAUGUGUGCCUUGCUCUACUGUUACUACUUCUACCUUUUUUUGUUAAUUAAAGCCACUGCUCUCCCAGUUAGUGAUGAAAACAUGCAACAACAAAAACAACGAGACAGGAAUCAAGUGUUUCAAGCUAAGGUUGGAGGUGAGCUUGUGUAUAUAUGUGCAGAGCGAGGAAUGCUUGUUGUUUGUGUUUAUUUAACUCUAUAUGUGACCUGUGACGUGGAACAUCUUUACUAUUAGUAUUGGCCAUAAAGAGCUUGAUUGCAUGGUUCCUGCAAACUACAAUGUAAACCCAACUGUUGACAAAUAAACUUAAUUUAUUGAAAACAAAA